CUACCAAUUCAUUUAGUGAAAUUUGAUUCUCUCAAUGGCAUUUAAGAACAGUAGCAACACCAAACCAACCAAAUUGAGUCACAUCUUUCAAAACCUAUCAUUAUCUACCUUAUGGAAAUCCUUAACAGUUUCCGGUGCUCUACUUUUCUUGCUACACACAUUUGCAUUCAACAAUCCUCAUAAAAUGAUGACCCAUAAACUCUUUGCGCCUCUUGACCUUACUUUCUCCUCCUCUUCAUCAUCUUCCUCGUCUUCAGUAUCAUUGUCCUUGCAAAUUACAAGAGAGUCUCCUACAAAUAUCAGCCAUCUAUUUUUUGUCAUUGUUGGUAGUACAAAGACUUGGAGAUAUAGGAGAGGCUACAUAGAGCCUUGGUGGAGACCAAACAUCACAAAAGGAUAUGUUUUCCUCGAAAGACCACCUGGCCGUGAUCUCUUGCCUUGGCCUAACCAAUCUCCUCCCUUUUCUGUCAACAAAGAAUCAUUCAUCACAAACAAAUUCAAGACUCAGAUCCGCCUUUUUUAUUCGCUUCUUGAGUCUUUUAAGAAGGCUUCCAAAGAGACAAGAUGGUUUGUGAUAGCAGAUGAUGAUACUCUCUUCUUCUUGGACAAUUUGGUCAAAGCUCUUGACAGGUAUGACCACAAGAAGCACUAUUACAUCGGAAUGAACUCGGAAAACGUUUGGUCCAACGCGAUUUUCGCUUUCGACAUGGGAUAUGGAGGCGGCGGAUACGCAUUGAGCUAUCCAACCGUAGUAACACUUCUCAGCAACAUGGAAGAAUGUAUCAAAAGAUACCUUGGAGUUUACAGCGAUCUUCUCUCAUUUCGUUGCUUGGCCGACUUGGGAAUUGAUCUUACUUUAGAGAAAGGAAUGCACCAGAUUGAUCUACACGGUGACAUAUCAGGUCUCUUAUCAGCUCAUCCACAGUCUCCUCUUAUCAGCCUUCACCAUUUCGAUGUCAUAGACCCGAUUUUUCCAGGCAUGACCCGCCAGCAAUCCGUGAACCACCUCAUGAAAACGGAUCAAUCCCGUGUCUUGCAACAAACAAUAUGUUACCAAAGAGAAUAUAACUGGUCAGUCUCUGUCUCUUGGGGCUACUCAGUCCACAUUUACCAAUCUAUAUUCCCAAGAAACCACCUAAAACGCCCUCUCGAAACAUUCCGACCAUGGAAAAAUGUUAAAAUACCGGCGUAUACAUUUAACACUAGACGGGUCACGAAGGAUCCUUGCGAAAUGCCUCGUCAGUUUUUCUUUGAGUCGGUUGUGGAGGACAAGAACCAAAGCUUAGUAACUACCAUGUACAAGAUAAAAAUAGAAAGGAGAUUGCCUCCUUGUUUGCUAAAUGGCAGCCAUUCUUCUCGUAACAUUACACAAGUCCGAGUCAUUGCUACUACUAUGCACAAGAUGGGCGAAGGAAUCGAAUGUUGCGAUGUGCAAUAUGUUAACAGUACGGAGAUUAUGGAAGUGAAGAUAAGAGCUUGUCAUGAAGAUGAAGUUCUUGCUUAGGCUAUGUCGUCUUAUGAUACAUGGAAUUAUCUACUACUAUCGAUGUGGCAUUCUUUUUCAUUUGUAUAACAAUAGAAUGUCAUAUGCUGUAUAACUUCUAGUUGCAGCCAGAAUAGAUAGUUGGGAAAAUCAAUUCCCAAAUCGGGGGAAUCAAGAGGUUUCAAACCCCAAAUGCAUAGUCUUUAUGUGGUUUGUGAAAA